AUGUUGAUAGCACGCACAGUAGUGUUCCUGUCCGGGUUGCUGAUUGUACACUCACAAGGGUUUAUUCCCAGGAUUGGAACUGCUUGGAGAUUAAUGCAGAACAAUGCUUUAAAGAGAUUAAAUCGACAGACCCCUUUAAAUCAUCCACUGAGAAGGAAUCCCGAUGUUGGAUUAAGAUAUAUCAGGCAACCUGCACAAUUCAAUCAGAAUACAGGAAACAGUUUUGGUGGAGACAAUUAUGCCGCAAGACCGUUUAUAAAUAAUCUUCGACAAAAUAUGAGACAUAAAGAACCCUACAUGGCCUCGCUAAAAUCAAGGGUUUUUGGAAACUCGGAGAAAUACGAAACUGUUCCCGGAGAUUCCUCUUACUCCGACCCUACUCAGAACACAGAGGAUUCGUCUUACUCCGACCAUACUCAGAACACAGAGGAUUGGUCUUACUCCAACCCUGCUCAGAACACAGAGGAUUCGUCUUACUCCAACCCUGCCCAAAACACAGAAGAUUCGUCUUACUCCAAUCCUUCUCAGAGUACAGACGAUUUUGACAAAAAACCAAAACAAUAUGUAGAAAAAAUCAAAAAACAAAUUGAUCUAAAUGAACUAAACAACAUAUUAUCAGACAACGAGGGGUAUUUUGAGAAAAUUAAUAUUGUUGAGUUCCAAACCACCCGACAAGAGUCAAGUUCACUGCGACCAAUAGCACAGACCGGUGGUUGGACGCCGAUCCUUACUCAAUCUUCUUCCACUCAACAAGUGAUCCCAGCAACCCAAAGUCCCGAGGAGUGGGGACACAAAGACGACAUUUACAACUAUCCUAGCCUAGCAGAAGAAUCAGAUAUAUCAAAGGAUGUUAUAGAGCACAACUACAAAUUGAUCGAUCAAAAAUCCAAAGAUGAAGAAAAUGCAAAAGCUGUUAAUCACAAAGCAGCUUCAGAUAGGUUAGCUGCCGCUGCUGAAGUUGCCAAAGGAAGCAUCUCAAAUUAUCCAACUCUAUUUGGAGAUGUGACUCCGACAAAGAUUAAAAACUCUAUUUCCGAACUAAGCAGAACGCAGGGAACAGACAGUGUUGGAGAUUUGAGUAAGUUCAGUCUCUUCCAGAAUUCUAUUUAUGGAAAAGACAAAUUCAUCGUCACAGAAUCUGAGAACCUUUCUGCUACUGAUUUAAAUUUAGAAUCUGAGAAUGUUCGAGGAAGAGGAGAAAACAAGUUUACAUGGAAACUAUUGACUGAGGAUCCUAAAUAUUCAGAUCAAGAAAGGAUGAAGGAUCUAGGUAAUCAAGAUCAAGGAAGGGUGGAGAAUCAAGGAGUAUCCGGAAAUAUAGAGGGUAAAGGUGGAGCCGGAGUUUAUUAUAUAGAUGAAGGAAAAGAAAAAGGGAGUGGAGAAGGAAUUGAUCAGGGGGUUACAGGAGCAAGAUAUGAAGACCCAGUAAGUCUUGAGGAUGAGGAUCAGGGACAAACUUAUUAUCUGGACGAAGGAGAAGUAAAACAGGGAGAAGAUGGACCUGGAGUAAACACUUAUCAAGGACAGGGAACACCAGUGGAAGGAGGGGCAGAACAAGGAGCAUCAUACUUUAUAAAGACAGAGGUAGAAGAGAUACAAGCAGGAGGAAAUGCUGACAAAGAAACAUAUUAUGCAGUGAACAAUGGAGCACCCGCUGAUAAUUCUUACUAUCUAAAUGCUGCUGGGGUAACUGAAACGGAAUCAGAACCAACUGUUUUUAAAGAUGCCUACAGUUCAAGCGUAGGUAUUUCUUCUGGGGUGGUUUUAGAUGAAGUAUCUGAACUAGAGUCAAGUCACAGUGGAGAAUGGGCUGGGAUAGUAAAAUCAAGUUUGGAAAACGAAGGAGAUACAGUUUAUGAAACAGAUGAAGUGACUGGAGGAGAAAAUGGAGUAGAAGAAGAUGCUUUAGAUGGAGAAUACGGACUGGAGGUUAACAGCAAUCAUAUGGCUCUUUUCUCAGUGAAUAAUGAGAUUUCCAGUAAACCUGAAGUUCAAUCAUUUCAAAUUAAUAGCAAGCCACUGGACUCUGGAAUGACUCCAAAACCCUUACAAGGAAUCCUUUACACUAACCUUGAGCAGAUUCAAGAACCACUUUAUUCCGGAAUCAAGCCUCAGGGGUUACAAAACUCUGCUGUAGAGUCCACUGGAGCCCAAAGCCCUGAAAUUGAUUCCUAUGGGAUCAGCAACUUUGAUUUGGCACCUCAGGUCGAGAUGAGUUCUAAACUUGAGUCUCUGGGUGGCCAAAUUGAGACGACAGGGGACCUAAACACAGAAUUUGACAACUACGGUAUCAGUAACUCUGGGGUUGAGCCUAACAAGGAUCCAAACUCUGGAUUUGAGUCAUAUGGAAUAGAAAACUCUGGUUUCGAAAUCCAAAAGAUCAUAAACUCAGAGGGGUCACAAGCACAACACUCUGAAUUCAACAGUGAAAUGUCUUUUGGAGCAAUUGAUGUUAUGAAUGACUCUGAGGAUGAAGAUUACCCAAAAGCUUUGACAAAUAUGAUUUAUAAAACAAUUGGUGGACAUAACACUGUGAACCCUUCAACCUACAGUUUCCUGUCUUCAUCGUCAAGCCUCCCCAGUACAUCUAGUCUAUCUACAGGUUCUUACACUCCCUCCAAAACCAGUUCUUAUAGUCUUUCCACUUCCUCCGGUUCAACAAGUAGCUUCUCCAGCUCAUACAAUCCAUCCAGUUCCUCCAUCCUUUCUAGUUCAUCUAACUCAGGGUUUAAUCAUGAAAAAAACAUCAAUUCCUUCAGCGCACUCAACGAUAAAACCUUUCCCAAGGAAGUUUCAAGAAUCUCCGGAGCUGUGCAGAAAUAUUUAUCUCAACCCCCUAGCUGGCUUGAUACAGAAAACUGGUAAAUUUAUCAGCUAAUGAUGAAACAGCUACCAUAGAAAAGCUGACACAUAACACAGCUGAUAUGAAACGCAGCUGACUAUGGAUCAGCUAACUAUAGAACAGCUGACUAACAGCUGAUUAUAAAUCAACUGACUAUAUAGAAAAGCUGAUUAUGGAACAUCUGGCUAUGCAACAGUUGAACCUAGGACAGCUGACUAAUAUACUUUAAAACUGUUGACUGAUGCAUCUGACAUUAUGAAUCAGCUGUUUCAAAAUUAGUUGCAUGUAAUGAUCGCGUGCCAAUUUUAUGUAGUUAUUUAAAGGUGCCCCAAUAAACAUUGGCAUAAAGACUUUUAAAUUUUCUUCAAUAUUUAAUUUGUAAAUCUGAUUAACUUAGUAAUUAAUACACUCAAAAUAUAUAACAGCAAUUCUGGAUUUAAAAAUGUCCUCUCUUUCAAUACCUAAAGACAUAAUUUUAUAGCAGUAAAAAUUCAAUAAAUGUUAGUAGCCCACAAUAUUAUUUUUGUAUAGCAACCUAAAACUUUCAGAUAUUCAUUGACUAAUAUUUUUUUAAAAAAAGAUUAGGAGAGUCGUACAAUCUGUUUAUGCAAACUUUUUACUUUACCACAAAGUCAUUUUCAAAACUAUAUGUAAAAGACGAUUUUAAUGUUAUCACUUUAUCCCCAUGUUUAAUCCGACACCAUGAAGGAAAUUGUUAAUUCUAAAUUUAUCUAUUUCUAAAUGAUAUACAGUAAGACCCAGAAAACUGUGGAAUAGGAAGACGAUAUUUUGAUAAUAAUAUGCGCUUUUUAUCUUGUAAUAAACAUUUGGUCUUAACCGUAGUUUGAAAAUCAACUUAUUGAGUUAGAAAAGAUCUUUGUACAUCGCACUAUUAAUCGUUCAUCCCAGAAAUGUUGUGUUGCCUGUUCAUCGGACUACCUAAAACCAUAACUUGAGUCCAAAAGUCGUCUUCCUGUUCCGCAGUUUUCUUGUUCUCACUAUAUAUAUUCCUAAAUCUUGUGACAUUUAUAGAAAACAUUUUAUUUAUUAUUGUUAAAUAUUUAAAGCUGUUAAAUUCGAAAUCCUUG